AUGUUGCAGCCAAUAGAGAACAAGGUGAACGAGGAAGCUAAGUUGAUGGAAAGAGAGACUGUUUUGCAGGAAAAUGAAAGUGGUGAGAAGAAGGAAGCUGAGCAAGUGGAAAUUAAAGAACCAACCAUUGUUGCAGAGGUUGAUACUGAGCUGGCGAUGAGGAGAUAUCAGAAGAGAAGCAAAUAG